GCGCGAAAGGCUCAGCUGCGAGCGAAAGUCCCAGAGGCCCGAAAAAGUCCAGAUGGGGUUAGGGCCUGCCCUUCUCAGACCUUCGCCCACACAUUCCGGCCAGACGAUUUGCUCACGCUUAUUGCGCAGCUUCCAACUGGACCCUUGGUCGACCACACCCCGCAUUGAAGAGCUCUUUAACCUGUCCGGCGGCCGUCCAAUGUGAGGAUGAUGUCCUCUCUCAACUCGAAGGGGUCCAAGAUGGCCUCGAAUAUGUCGCACGGCGACGACGACGAUUCAGACGACGAGCACUAUGAGCACAACGUCGAAGACCACGACCAGCAAGACGACUCGGACGACGACGACAAUCCCUCGGGGCCGUCUGGGUCCAAGAAGUCGGGCGACAACGGUGCCACUCCUAUCCAGAAGCGGCGCAGAGUCACUCGGGCGUGCGACGAAUGUCGACGAAAGAAAAUCAAGUGCGACGGAAAACAGCCCUGCACCCACUGCACGGUAUACAGUUAUGAGUGCACAUACGAUCAACCUUCAAAUAGACGCAGAAACCCGGCCCCUUUCUACAUUAACCAACUCGAGUCUCGUCUGCAGCAGUCUACAGCCAUGCUCCAGAUCCUCAUGCCCGGCGUCGAUAUCUUCACACAGGGGUUCGACAUCAAUUCAUUCACCAGUAGGCUCAAAUCCUCAGCUUCACCGACUCUCCGCGAACUCGCCCUUGCCGCUCGACAAGCUGCCAACGGGCAGGUUCCGCAUACAGAACCAGCACCCGUCGAGCCCAUCAUGGGUAAUACUACUGCCGUGCUCGACAGCCCGGCGUCGAUUUCUUCAACCUCGUCUGGUACGCCCGCCACUAGCGCGCAGGAUACAAAUAUCGAGUCUAUGGUGGUUUCUCUCGGACGACUGGAUGUAGACGAGACCGGUCAUCUCGAUUACGUGGGCCACUCCUCGGGCCGCGCAUUCCUCCAGCAUGUGCGCGCCAGGUUCCUCAAUAAUCACCCUGAUGCUAUUCCCGCCGAUCUGCCGAAGCAGAACCUCUAUGCGACAAGUCCAGUCGGAAAUACUCCGCCUGGAUUCCCCUACCCGGACUCUCCUUCUGAUCUAUACUACUACCAGCAAAUGGCCGAGUUCAAAGUUAUAUUACCUUCGAAAGAAGUGGCCGACACAUACAUCAACGCCGUUUACGACCAGGCUUUUAUCAUUACGCAUUUUGCGCAUCGACCAUCCUUUACUCGACGAGUAGAGGAGCUAUAUGCCACAGAUCCAGAUGACUACACGCCCACCCAGAUCAGCUUUCUGCCUCUUGUUUAUUGCUAUCUGGCGGUCGGUGUAUUGUUCGGCAGAGAUACACGGGAUCCUUCAUCAGAUGAGAUGAUUGAUUUCUCAGAAGGUUACAUGUACUUUGUCGCCGCCAGAAAUAUGAUGGACAUUACCGACGCCCGUGAUACUGAUGCUAUCCAGGCUGUCGGGCUGAUGGUGGUCUUCUUACAGACAACUGCUCGCCUCUCGACAUGUUACUCCUAUAUCGGCGUCGCCUUGCGUGCGGCCCUUCGUCUAGGACUACAUAGGAAGGUAUCAUAUCGGUUUAACCCCAUCGAGGCCGAGGUUCGCAAGCGGUUGUUUUGGGCGAUAUAUAAGAUGGAUAUUCAUAUUUCUGCGAUGCUGGGUCUGCCACGCUGCAUCUCUGAGGAUGAAAUUGAUCAAGAGCAACCGCUCGAGAUCGAUGACGAAUACAUCACAGAGACAAAGAUCCUACCUCAUCCUGUGGGUACGAUGGCCAAGCAAACUGUUGGUAACCAGCACACAAAACUGAUGGCCAUUCUCACACGCAUCGUGGAGGAUGUGUAUCCUGUCAAAUUCCGCUCUGCAGCAGCUCAAGAGGGACGUCCGGCCAACAGCGUCAGCUACGCCAAGGUCGUGGAGCUCGAAAAUGAUUUGCAGACGUGGCUUGAUGCGUUGCCGAUGGAACUUCGACCUGGUGUCGAACCUCCGCCACAGUGGCUGCAAGCCAACAGGCUGCUCAAUAUGGCGUUCUGCUAUGUCAAAAUCAUUCUCUAUCGGCCAUUUAUACAUUACGUCGGUCAGAAGUACCGCAGCUCGAUGACGGAUCAGCGGCCGUAUGCGUGUGCUGCAAACUGCAUCUCUACCGCCAGAAUUGUCGUACACUUGGCCGAUGAUUUGAUCCGCAGAGACGUACUGAGAGGUGCCCAUCUCUUCAGCGUGUAUACUAUCUUCUUCUCCGCCGCGGUCUUAGUUUACUAUGUACACGAAGAUCCUUAUAAUCCCCAUGUCAAGGAGUUUCUUCGCGAUGCUGAACUGGGCAAGACUGUCAUCAACCACCUCAAGGGCCGCAGCACGGCUGCAGCUCGAACAUAUGAGCUGCUGUCAGGUCUCUUCCAGCUCCUAGACCAGCACAUGGCUACCAUCGGAGUGAACAAUAUUCUGCACCAAGAAGAUACCAAGCGCAAGCGACAGACCGACGGCCAGCCGUUGUACAGAACUGCCAGUGGUACGAUGAUCCAGCGGACAUUUGCAAAGCCGUCGAUGAUGCGAUUUGGAAACAACGCCCAACAGCAGCAAGGGUCUACAGCAUCAGGAGGGGUGUUUAUGCCCAAGCAGCGCACUAGUUCGAUGACGUCAAACUCGAGCGACAAGUCAAAGAAGAAAUCUGUGCCGUCUGCUUCUUCUGCUGCUAUGGCGUCGUCGUCUUCGCGUCAAUCAUCCGCUCCUCCUCUGCUGCCGUUGUCGGUUUACGAGCAGCAACCUCACAGUAGUAAUCCGGUCCCUCGGUUCCCAGCCGACCUCAAACUGCCGGCGCGGGGCCCUGCGGAGUCGCCGACUGCUCAGAUGCCCACCGGUGGCUCGGACGAUAGUCCUAUGCGGGGUCUCUCACACUCAAAUACUUUCCCGGUAUUUGACCAGUCCCAAUCCGCCGAUCUUACAAUGUCCUCGCCUGACAAUAUGUCGAUGAAUCAGGGCUCGUACGACGACUUCCUCAUGUACACCGACUCUAUGAACAAGAACGCCGUGAACUACAGCCCGCAGCAGCCUGGACCGUUGGAUGUGGAUAUCUCAGAGAUGAGCACGUUCACGUCGUCGAAUAUUGACACUACCUUGUACUUUCCAUCUCUGGGAGAUGUUGCUCAAUCCGGCGACGAGACGAUGAUGGGCCAGUCGAUGGCUCCACCGAUGAACAGUUCGGCGGACGCGCAGGCGCCGGCUCCCGUCAACGAUAUCACGGCCGAUUUCUCGAGCUACGACGGGUUGUCUCUCGACGGCUUGAUUCCGAGUACGGAAAAGUACGCGUCCGACAAGCUCGAAGCGCAGAUGUUUGGUCGAUAUUUCCCGUCAUAUACGUACGGUGAUCAAAAGCCUCAAGAGACGUCGCCGGAUAUCCCACAGGUUGUACCGCAGCCACAAGAGCAGAGACAGCCAGCGGUGCAACGAGAACGGCAGCAACAGCAGCCGCAGCCGCAGCCGCAACAGCAGCAACAGCAGGCCUGGCAACCGCUAACGACGGCAGACGGCGGGGCAGCUGGUGGUGACGAGCUUGCAGGAGGCUCGGACUUUCUUUCGAAUUGGGACGAGUUUUUGGCGAAUAACGCUGAUCUGUCUAGUAUCAAGCUAGAAGACCCGAAUUGAUUCCGAGCUGCCAAAGUCAGAGAGGUAGAGAGAGAGCGAGAAAAAGAAAGCUGUUUGAAUAUGGCUUUUGGUGAAACAAGAUACGAAGAUUCUAAUACAGUAAUUUGGCGGUGAUAAUCUUUCGAUCUUUGUAUAUAUAUUGAAGCUAUUUCUUUAGUAUUUUGUAUGAUUCUUUUUUUCAUCUUUUCAUAUUCAGAGUUGCGCGCGCGUCGCAUUUUUUGUCCGGGUUUACAGUACGCCAUUUAGUUGGAGGAGUAAUAAUUUUAUCUUCAU